GUGAAGUGUAUCAGACUGAAAGUGUGCAGUUAGUUAUUCCGUCACAACUCAUCCCAAGAAACACUGUAACGUGCCUUUUAAUGGCGUCUCCGUUGAAAAGCAUGUGAAGUUUAAAUCUACGCAUUCCCCUUCAACUGUUUUUCUGCUUUCGCAUCUAUAUAUUUUUUCUUUUUCUCGUCAUUCUCGUGUUGUCCACAGCCAUUUGACAACGUAUCCUUUCAAGGAUUGCAUUUUGAGGGGUUUCAUCUUCCACGAGCAGAUUCAGUUUACACAGAUAACCUCAAUUCCAAGAAGGAAACACAAUGAAGGCAGGACCUGGUAAAGGGAGAAAAGUGUGCUUGAUAGUGACAGGUGUUGUUAUUGCACUUGUACUGCUAAUUGUGAUACUAGCUUUGACUGUUUUCAAAGCCAAGCAUCCUACUAUCAUUGUGGACUCAACGAAGCUAGAGGAUUUUCACAUGAGUUUGGAUAUAGCAAGGCUAAGGGUAGAUUUGAAUGUGACUCUGAGCACGGAUGUCUCAGUGAAGAACCCAAACAAGGUUGGAUUCAAGUAUUCAGAUAGCAUCGCCCACCUCAAUUACAGAGGACAGCUUAUAGGUGAAGUUCCUAUCCCUGCUGGAGACAUUUCGUCCGGUGAGACCAAAGGAUUCAACCUCACCCUCACCGUUAUGGCUGACCGUUUGCUCUCCAAUUCCCAACUUUUCUCUGAUGUCACAUCUGGUACAUUGCCCCUAAAUACUUUUGUGAGGAUUUCUGGCAAAGUCAACAUCUUAGGCUUUAUCAAAGUCCAUGUUGUUUCCUCCACGUCUUGUGAUGUUGCAAUUAAUCUUUCUAAUAGAACAGUUGGGAACCAAGAGUGCCAAUACAAAACAAAACUUUGAUUAACAGUUUUUAAUUUGGGAGUGAAACUAUACUCUAGAUAAGUAGACCAUGUUUAUUGCUUAAUGUUCAUAUUUCACUUUGUUUUAUUCGUAAUUGUGGUUGAUCCUACUCGCCCCUUUCCCUCUCAAGCUACUUCUGGGAAUUUAUUUGGUACUAAUUUUCCCAUUUUGGUUACUUCAUAAUAAUGCUUACUUUCAAGUUAACCUCCA